CUCGUACAAAAUCUGCUGGGAGAGGAAUCGAAGGAGGUACCUUCGGAACUGUUUGCCCGAAACUCAUACAAAAAUCCUCUUGAAACAUACCUCACCAUUGCCUCGUACUGCAAGUUGAUCAUAUUAUCGCCGAAUCUCUCCAAUUUUGAUAUUUCUUUGCAAGAUGUGUUCCAAAUAUGGGAAUUGCGUAUCAAUCUGUUAUUGAUGGCUGCUAAUCUACGUGUACCGAACUCGAGCUCCCUGGUCCCGCCCAUUCCAAACGCACAGUUCCUGAGAAAUGAAACAAACCUAUUUUUGAAAGAACUGAUCAAGCUCGAUGAUAAAGAAACUCUACCCAAGGAACUAAGCUGGCAUUUCAAGCUACUCAUCAUCAGAAUCAAAUACGGUCCAAGUUUGAUAUUGGUCAACCAGCUAUAUAAUGAUCUUGUGCAACUGCGUGGAACUACACCGAAGGAAACAAAGGAUUUGACAAACAAAUCGUCAAUCAUACUCUAUAAUGUAUGCGCUAUCAUGAUCGCCAGAAAUGAGCUGCUUACCGUGUUCAACCUGUUGAACCAAACACUCCAGAGUGACCUCGAAAAUUCACAAUUAGCAGGCCUCACAGCCUUGGUGGGCUGCCUGUACACAUUCAAAGAUUCAGGCUCUGUGUCAGAUAACGCGCCAUUCUUCAACGAAAUUGUUGCAGCUUUCCAAAAAACAGAUAAACAGACACUCGAUUUGCUUGUCUCAAUCCUAAACUCAGUGGAACCGGUUUACAAUGAAGAUCGUUCUACCACAAUGGCAUUGGAGAGAGAUCAUCAUUUUACGUUGCAAGAAAUCAUUAGACUAGUCGAAGACGGGAAAAUUAGUGGACGCAUUCUGUGCAGUUUGUGUGGACUUUUGGAGGUACAACGACUGUCAACGAAUGAUGAGUCGGAACUGGACAAGUGCCUCGACCUUGUCCAUCGACAAUGGACAUCGCACCCUCAAAAUAUAUACGCUUUUGAGUAGACAUUA